AUGUGGCUGAAGCUCUGUAUUCUACUCAUUUAUUCUAUAAGUAACAUUGCUGCUCUUAACUGUACUCAAAUUCAAGACAACCAAAUUUAUGAGGGAAGUGAAAUUCAUAUUCCAGGAGGGAAUGGCGAUCUACAAUCGAUACCAGCUAAUUUUCACUGCAUAACCGUUCCUCGAGACUCCGCCUACAAACUAUAUGCAAGUGUAGAGUUGAAAAAUGGUAUCAGAGGAGUCAAUGACUAUAUUAUUGUCACUGAAGAAAGUGGAAACCGAAUAAGAAUGAAUAAUCGAACUGGAAUCGGAGGGAACCCUUAUAGACAUAUAGUAACUCCUGGAAGUGAGAUGACGAUUGAAGUGGUUACGAAGAGUGUAUUCAUGAACACAAAGAUGGCAAUCAGUGUGUAUUAUCGAGCGUACUGCAAACAACUUCCGGACUCGGAUGUCUCAGACGGUCAAAGUAUUUCUAUCCCGGGAAAUUCUUUACAACCAAUACCUACCCUCUACUCGUGUACUUACUUGAUAGCAGCUCCAACCAGCCCUACAACAGGGCUAUACGCUAAUGUGACACUGAUAAGCAACAUGAAUGGAUUUCAGGAUAAAAUUAUAGUGACAGAUAUAACAGGUGCCGACGAUUGGGACCGUGAUAUAAAUUAUUAUAAUUACAUUGUUAUACCUGGAUCUUCAAUGUCGUUUCAAAUUAAAACUGGGGAAUUGUUCAUGGGUUCGAUGUUUUUGAUCAGAGUGGAGUGGCAUGAAGUGAACAUUGGCCCGACUAAACCGAUGAUUCGAGAUGAAAUUAAUUAUGUCGACCUGGCGCUAUUGAAAGAUGAUACCAGCGUGUUCAAUUCAGUGACAUUCUCGGCGAAUGAACAGCUCGUUGUAAAUGACGUCACCUACAAUAUUUCUGCUUGGAUUGAUUUUCUAAAUUGUUUUGUGAUUGAUGGGAAUAUCACAGAUCAAAAGAGAGUAUUUACAUUCAAAAACUUCAAUUCCUUUUAUUUCGAGUCAGAAUCUAAUUACAUGACGUUUGUAAUGUUUAGCAAGGGGACCAACGCAUUUGUUCUGAAUUUAUUGUCGGUUGCCAGAGAGGUAUAG